CGUGCGCGGGCGGGAAAGGCGCGUACGCGCAGCGGAGGCGUGAGUUUCAUCCCCCGCUCCGCAGUUAUACAUCGCGCUUAGGUGCACUGAGUAGGUACUUGUACGGAGACGCGUGGAACACAUGGUGGGUGGAUUUGAGAUACAUUUAAGUAUAUUUGUUAGUGAAUUUACGAAGGAUGUUGUUGAUUCGCAUGAAUAAGGAAAACAAAUACUGUCUUAAGAUAAGUGCAACGUAGUGGCUUAUUCGCUCUGAGUGCUAUUAUCUUCCUGCCGUAUCACGGAGCAGUAAUCUUGAAGAUCCACUCACGUUUAGUAUAAUACUAUGAAGUGGAGUGUCCGGGCUGUUCGAGUGCUAUCGUUACUGAUUUAUACACUCUCUUUAGUUAUAUUUCUCUGAUGAUAUAUGUACAUUGCAUAUUAGAAAUUAGAAAUCGUGAUGUGUCAAAUGAUGUUGAACUGAAUAAUAUGGCGAACAGCAAAACAAAUGGUGGGAUCAUCCACGACCACCUGGAGUACGAACCUUCGGGGUGGAUGGACAAAACCCUGACAAAAGUGGGCGACGUGACCAGCGGAUAUUUCAGCAAAAACAAGAGCUCUCUGAAAGUAAUCUCGCUGUUCGUUCUCAACGGGUUGGUGAUCGGAUAUUUCUUCGGUUGCAUGUAUUAUUUUCUAUAUUAUACGACGGAAUCGUUAGAGUUAUGCCACGGCUUCGGAAGCUUGAUAGCGUUCCUCUCGAUCAUAUACUUCUUCAUAAUAUACUUCCUAAUAGUGAAGAGGUUCUUCGGAGAGUGGUUCGAGCAGACAAUAUGGAAGAGAGUGUCGGCCGUCACUGAGUUUAUGUGGAAAUUCGUGUUGUUCCGCUGGGUAUUCUCAUUGGCUGUGUUGGCAGCGUUUGCUAUAUUCCUGGUCGUUGACGCCUGGGAUGCUACGGAGAGACUGAUAUCCCUACUCGGCCUUGGAAUACUCUUGUUGUUAGGAUUUGUGUUCUCUGCGAAUCCUGGUCGCAUCAACUGGCGUUCGGUGUUGAUGGGGCUGUUCUUGCAAUUCCUGUUCGGGAUCAUAUUCAUCAGGUGGGACCAGGGACGGGCCGCGCUUCAGUGCUUCUCUGACAAGGUGGCUACCUUCCUGUCGUAUGGUGUGGAAGGAGCCGCAUUCGCGUUCGGCGAUCUGUUGGUCAAGCGAGAAGGAGUAUUUGCUUUUAGUACGCUGCCGGUGAUCUUCUUCUUCAGCAUGCUGGUGGAGGUGCUGUUCUACUGGGGCGCGCUGCAAUGGUUCUGCCUCAAGCUGGGUCAGCUGCUGCGCUCGGCCACCGGCACCACCGUCGUCGAGAGCGUCAUCGCUGUCGGCAACGUGUUCUUGGGAAUGUCGGAGUCGGUGCUCCUGGUGAAGCCGUAUCUGGCCCUCCUCACGCCCUCCGAGAUACAUGUCGUCAUGGCGUCCGGCUUUGCUACUGUUUCUGGCACGAUUCUGGCGUCAUACAUAGCGUUCGGUGCGGAGCCGGCACACCUCGUGACGGCCAGCGUCAUGUCCGCGCCCGCCGCCGUCUGCUACGCCAAGCUGCUCAUGCCCGAGACCAAGCGAUCGCUCACCACCGUCGAUAACAUACAGCCGGUCACCAGCGAGGACCAAUCAGCGUUGUCAGCGGCGACCCGCGGCGCGACCAACGGCAUCUCGCUCAUCCUAAACAUCAUCGCGAACAUCGUCGCGUUCGUGGCUUUUGUCACGUUCGUGAACGGCCUGAUCGGGUACUGCGGCGGACUGCUCGGCGACCCGGACCUCUCGCUCGAGUUUAUCUUGGGCAAGGUGUUCAUGCCGCUCUGCUGGGUUAUGGGAGUGCCGUGGGAGGAGUGUGACCGCGUCGGCUCCCUCAUCGGGCUGAAGACGAUCGUGAACGAGUUUGUGGCCUACCAGCGAAUGGGACAGAUGAAAGAAGCGGGAUUGCUGUCG